AUGAUGGGACCCACGUGUCAUUCUCACCUUCCUCUUCUUCCUCCUCUCUCCCCCAACUCCCUGUAUUCACUCUCUCUCCCCUCUCCUCUGUCCUCUCCGCCGGGUGACGCCGGGCGAGGAGGGGCGGCGCCGUUCUGCUGCGCAUCGCGGGCGGAGCGGCCGACGGAGUGUUGCUGCCGCGCUCGCCGGCGACCUCGUCCUCUGCCUCCCUUUCUCCUCCCUCUGGGCAAGGGUGUUCUGAACGUGUACGACCUGAGCAACAGCCUCGCGCGGCAGCUCUCCACCUCCUUCCUCCGCAAGCCAAUCGAGGCCAUCUGGCAUACGGGCGUGCUGGUGUACGGGAACAAGUACUUGUACGGCGGCGGGAUCCAGUCGCUGCCGGUGGGGAGGACACCGUACGGGCGGCCGGUGCGGGUGGUGGAGCCGGGCGUGACGCACAUCCCACGUUAGGUGUUCGAGGACUUCCUCCGUGAGAACUUCAGCAACGAGUGGCGCAACUCCUCGUCGGCGCCGGCACCACCGACUACACCCUCAACCUCCCCGGCGAGGUGAUGUCCAGACCCAUGGCGGGCGGAGCGGCCGACGGAGUGGAGCUGCCGCGCUCGCCGGCGACCUCCUCCCCCGGCCACCUCCGCCGCCCGUGGCCUGCUGCCGCCGGCGCUCCGCCUGCCCCUCCGCUCACCCCGCGGUCUGCCGCCGCCCCGCCGCUCCACCCGUCCCUCCGCUCCGCCACCACUCCGCCGGCUGUGAGGCGAGCGCCGUGGCGCGAGAAGCGCCCGAAGACGGCGCGAUGAGGAAGAAGAGGGAGAGCGUGGAGCACCGCCUUGCCCCUCGCCUGAUCCGGCCGCCGCCGCUCCGCCGGCCUGCUCCGGCCGCGGCUCGCCCCACCCGUCGCUUGCUCCGGCCGGGAGAGAGAGAGGAUUUAUUUUGUGUGUAGCUGACAUAUGGGUCCCACGAUUUUUAUUAUUUUUUGAGAUAUAAAAUUGCCACCUAAGCGUCA